AUGGCUUACAUCUACUUCCGGGUUGGGCGGGAAAGUCAGAACGGCUUUGAAAGAGAGCGGGAAACGGCCGCCGAGAUGGAGGCGCUGCCGCCGGCUGCGGCGGCGGCUGAUCGUCCCCCGCCGCGUCAGGAGCUCCGAGUGCAGUGCCUUUCCCGCCGGUGGACUGCCGAGUUGCUGGAUCACUGCAGGCCUUUCGUGCGCAGACUCGGAGCCGGCCAGGCUGUAGAGACGGAGAACUUGGAACAGGCUGUAGGGGAAUCGCUUUGGAACUUUGAAACAGCUGUACACGAAAAUAUCACUGUUAAUGGGCAGCCAUGGCAGGAAUCAUCAGAUCUUCAAAAUGAUACAGAUAUUAAACUCCUUGAAGACCAGCUUGAUGAAUUAAUUGUGGAAGUGGCUUCAAAGCGUUCUCAAUAUCCUAGAAAAAUGCAAAUAAACUUUGUUAAAAGCAUUAAAAUGCAACAAAAAUUGUUGGGCUAUCAACCUUUUGUGAAUUGUCAAGACAUAAAAGUGGAACCUUCUCAAGAUCAGUCUAUGGUAGAAUUGAGACUUUCAACAAAAACUAUGUCUAGACAUACUGGAGAAUCAUUUAAGUCCCUGUCAUCCCUCGUGGAAAGAGCAGAAGGCUUCUCAAAAGCAUUGUCUUUACAACAAACUUUGGAACAAUGCAGACUCCAUCAAGAAAUCAUGUUUGUCUCUGAAGUUAAAAAAGAAAAUAAAAAUGAAGUCAAAAACCUUACAUCACAAGUGGAAGUUCUACCUUCACAAACUGCUAUCAGUAAUUCUGUACUACUCAAAAUAAAGAGAUCAUCAUGUUCUCCACAGAGACGCUACCCACUCCGACAAAGAAAACUUAGUCAUGAUACAUGA